AUGUUGGCGGCUUCUUGUUGUGACAGGAGAAUGUGUGUGUGCCCUGGGCCCAGGCGGAUCGCAAUUCCAGUACGAAGCUCCAGGCUGCCGUUGUUGUCUGAUGCCAUGCCAGCACCAGCUCAUCUGUACCCACUGAUUCGUAACUGUGAGAUUAGCAGACUAUGCAGCACUGUGUGCUACUGCCACCACAGACACCUCUGCUGUUUGUCAUCUCACUUUGCUCACAGUCACUUCAGAUGUGCACCUCAGAAGAAAUUUGCGGCGCUUUGUAGGCCAAAGGAGGACUUCAAUUACUUUUUUCACACGAGGGAUUAUGCUUCUACAACACAGAGGUUUUACCUCACUCCUCCCCAGGUCAAUAGCAUUCUGAAGGCCAAUGAAUACAGCUUCAAAGUCCCAGAAUUUGAUGGUAAAAAUGUGAGCUCUGUCCUUGGCUUUGAUAGCAACCAGUUACCUGCUAAUGCUCCAAUAGAAGACCGGAGGAGCGCUGCCACUUGCUUACAGACCAGAGGGAUGCUUCUGGGUGUGUUUGAUGGCCAUGCAGGUUGUGCUUGUGCUCAAGCUGUCAGUGAAAGACUCUUCUACUACAUUGCUGUCUCCUUGUUACCUCAUGAGACUUUACUUGAAAUAGAAAAUGCUGUGGAAAGUGGCAGAGCUCUGUUGCCUAUUUUACAAUGGCACAAGCAUCCUAAUGAUUAUUUUAGCAAAGAAGCUUCUAAGCUUUAUUUCAAUAGUCUAAGAACUUACUGGCAGGAGCUCAUUGAUCUCAACAGUGGAGAGGCUACUGAUGUGAAAGAAGCUUUAAUUAAUGCUUUUAAGAGGCUUGAUAAUGAUAUUUCUUUGGAGGCUCAAGUAGGAGAUCCAAAUUCUUUUCUCAACUACCUGGUACUGCGAGUAGCAUUUUCUGGGGCGACUGCCUGUGUGGCCCACGUGGAUGGUGUUGACUUGCACGUUGCAAACACGGGUGACAGUAGGGCAAUGCUUGGGGUUCAGGAAGAAGAUGGAUCUUGGUCUGCACUUAACCUGUCCUAUGACCACAAUGCACAAAAUGAACGUGAAGUGGAACGUGUGAAAACGGAGCACCCGAAGUCUGAAGAGAAGAAUCUUGUGAAACAAGAUCGUCUCUUAGGUCUCUUGAUGCCUUUCAGAGCUUUUGGUGAUGUGAAGUUUAAAUGGAGUAUUGAACUACAGAAAAGGGUGAUAGAAUCUGGCCCAGAUCAGCUGAAUGACAACGAAUAUACAAAGUUUAUCCCUCCAAAUUAUCACACUCCUCCUUACCUCACAGCAGAGCCAGAAGUCAUCUAUCACAAAUUGCGGCCACAGGAUAAAUUCCUGGUUUUGGCCACAGAUGGGCUGUGGGAGACGAUGCACAGGCAAGAUGUGGCUCGAAUUGUGGGGGAGUACCUCACUGGUGUUCACCAUCAGGAGCCAAUAGCUGUUGGUGGCUACAAGGUAACUCUGGGACAGAUGCAUGGUCUCUUAGCAGAAAGGAGGGCAAGGUUCUCCUCAGUGUUUGAAGAUCAGAACGUAGCAACUCACCUGAUCCGUCACGCGGUGGGUAACAACGAGUUCGGCACUGUGGAUCACGAGCGACUCUGCAAGAUGCUUAGCCUUCCAGAGGAGCUGGCUCGGAUGUAUAGAGAUGACAUGACUAUUAUUGUAGUGCAGUUCAACUCACAUAUGAUUAGUGCAUGUCAAAAUGAGGAACUGUGAAUUGCAUGGAGGGAACUAGUUACCAAAGUUGUAACAAUGGCCAGUAUGAGCAGCGAGUCAAAAAGCAACCACCCAACAAUAACCCUCCCCCAAAAACCCUCAGCAAACAAAUUGGCUUCUUGCUAGAUUCAGCAUAUCUAUUGUUCCCUCUUUCCCCCCAGAGCUCUAACCACAUGGGAAGUGCUAUUGACCUAAUACAAAGUUGAAGAGGAUGUCGCAGAUUGGGGGACAAAAGAGGUUUCUGUAGUAACUUUGCACUAUUGAUUUUUAUGAAUGCUGCUACAACAAUGUCUUGAAUUUGGCAAACUUGGAUGAGGGAGGGAAGGAGGAUGAAGAAUUUAACUAUUGAAGAUCUGGCUGUUGAGGAUCAACAGCCUGGUUACAAAUAUCUGUAAAUAUCUACUCAGUAUCUUUAAAAGGAUGAGUAAAAAUUCUUACAGGGCUAAUUCUUGCAAAGUAGGUCUGGUUAUUUGUGAAUAUGUUGUCCAUUGUUUCUUCUAAGCAGAAGGUCACUUCAAGUAAGUCUACAGUGUAACAAAGUUGUCUGACUUUCAUAUCAACAAUGUCAUUCACUUCAGGAUAUUUGUCUUACAUGUUGACUUUCAAUGCAGGUUGAAGCCAUAAUCAAUACCUGAGAUUGUUACAGCUUAAUCAUAUCUUACGUAUGGUAACAAUUUGUAGGGCAAUAAUACAUUACAACAUGCAUUAAGACACCAGGUAACCUUGUGGAGAACUUCAGAUUGCUGUAUGAAGAAACUUUCACACUUUUCAUAAGUCAGUGGUCUUGGUCAAGACUGUUUGCAUGUCCUUCAUGGGCGUCCACCCAUUUGCUGUUAACUUACCUGGGAAAUAAAUUUCCAUCUGGAGAGAAGUCAUUGCUACCCUCUUUGUGGCUUUGUAAUUUGCACUUAUUCACUUUGGCUAUUUCAAAUGGUCACAAACUGGAUAACUUGCACUUGAACUCCUAAGUUGAGUUUAAAACCUUGAAAUUAAAUAUGGCUUGUAAAUAGUCUUUUAGUUGGGAAACUAAUUGGCAUGCAUGUGUAUGUUUAAUGGCUUUUUCUGGCAACUUCUUUAUUAGGUCUAUUUCUGGACAGCUGGUAUAUGCAUGUUCUUACAGUCCAGAAUACUAUCACAGGGCAAUCUCUGGUCUCUCUGGGUUGUAAUGGUCAAAUUUGAACUGAAAAGAUUGGCUGUAACUUGUGUUGCUGAAGUUGUUUGGCUUGUAACCUUAAGAAGCAGGGAGUGACAACUAAUUUAUCUCUCAUCAUUGCAGCUAUUUUAGAUAUGUUGCAUUGUAUGCAGGUUUAUUUUAACCUGCCCUUGGGUUAAAAACUCAAAUGCUGGCUGAAAUACCAGCCUUUGACUGCUGAACACCUGUAACUUGAUUCCUAUGUCUGGAGAACAAGGAUAGGUCAGCUUUUUCACUUCACAAAGGUGUUUGAUUUUAAAAUAUCACCCUAGCCUUCAUCAUAGCUAAUGAAAUUAACACUUUAAGAACAGAGCUUGUUUUGGUUUAGUGGGUACUGUGACAUUUUCUACUGAAUUCAAACAUUGCCAAUUAAUGCUACUGUUAGGGUUAACUUACCUUGAACAAGGAUCCUAUGCUGUAGUAAACAUUGGCUCCUCAAACUCACAGAUGCCAUAUGUACUUUGUGGCCUGCAGCUUUGUCUGUCUCUUCAUUCAGCCUUAAAAUGCCAGGAUCAGUGUUGCUGUAAGGUUACUGAUACCUAAGUUCACCUUCAAGAUGUGUACAACCCUUCUUUAUUUGAAGGGAAAAGAGGAACUCUGAAAUGCUAAGACAAGUACUGGCUGUUGACAUUGCUUCUGUGUGUUGUUUUGGUGACUGUCAUUGUCUUCUAGGUCAGUAGACUUUGUGUCAUUUAAAUGCAGUAUGUGCCUAAGCUGUUGCAGUAUUUAACUUUCUUACUUUUUUUAACUGUUAAAGCUGUUACAUGUAUUGAUGUAGUUAACCUGUGAUUAUUGGUAUGGAUUUUGGUACAAGUUAUAGCUAGAAGAAAUGAAUAUUGGUCCCAUGGAUGUAACUUCUGUUGAGGAGAAGCUGCUUUUUGUAGUCAAGGUGCAUAGGUAUGGAGUCGGACAAAAUAGUAUUUAUGUAUUGCUUGGAGACUUGCUCAGUGUGUAUGCAGUGAAGAGAAGCAGCAUAACUGCCUGCUCAACAGGUCAUCUGAACAAACAUCUUUUAACAGAUUCCAAUAAAACGAUCAAUU